AUGUCGUCGCUCCCAACAAACCCAACGAAAGAUGUUCACGCACGACAACUGCUUGGUCAACUCAAGAAGACCUUCGAAGAAACCUCUGAGGAUGUUUCAUCGGCCAAAGAUGUCAAGAAGACAAUCGACCAUUUGAUGAAUCGUUUACCACUAGACCAACAGUGCGAACAGGAACUGGGACCCCGAUUCUUGAAGCUGCAGGACCUCCUCCUCUGCAAAAAUACUGCACCCUCUCAUCGUUUCCGUGAUAUCCGUGAUGAGAUCGCUGAAAUAAACAAAUUUCUGGCCAAAGUUGAUGCUAAGGUCGAUCAGGACGAUUUCCAAGCUUUAUCUCAAGACCAACAGAGGAUGAUACGCGAAGCAGACAAGCAUCCGCUCCUGAAACGUCUUCGGGUGAGUUAUGAAUUUUCCCUCCGACAACUAAAGCACGACCCGAGAAUUUGCUUUUUUUUGGCAAUUUUCCCAGGAAAUGCUAUUCUAAGGAAAAGGUUUCUUAUUUAUUGGUGGAUUGGGGAAGGGUUGGUCCGGGACGAGGAAGAAGGCGAAAGAGUAUUUGAAGAGCUUUUGGAUCUUGAAUUGCUUAUACCCUAUCAUACUGACAAGUGCCCAAGAGUGACUAAAUGUAAAAUUGUCCGUUGGAUCCGUUACAUGUUGAUCUCAGAGGCGAGGAAAGAGAAGCUUUUGAACUUAGAGGGCGGGAUUCCACGUUUUGACCCUGCCCAUUCCCGGCGGACUUGUUUGAUCGCUGGUCACUCCUCUGAUUUGGGAAUUAAAACAGAAUCCACGCCGUCGGAGAAGCUGAGGACCAUUUUUAAUUUGAACGAGAGAGAUCUUGAUUUUCAAGACCAAUGGUUUGAAGACCCAAAACUUCUCAAGUAUCUCAGCCUGCGUGGGAUAUCAAGAAUUACUAAACUUCCUGAGUCCAUUAGAGAACUGGCCAGCCUCGAAAUUCUGGACCUCAAGAGCUGUCAUAAUCUAGAAACCUUGCCUGAUGCGGUUAUAUCGUUGGAAAAGCUCACACAUGUAGAUGUAUCAGAAUGUUACUUGCUGGAAAGCUUGCCAAAGGGGCUCCACAACCUCACUUCGCUGCAAGUACUCAAGGGAUUCAUAAUAGGCAGUUCGCAGAAGAGUCUCAUUAGAUUGCAGCAUCUUCCAAGUCUGAAGAAUCUGAAACGAUUAAGUAUACAUGUGGGGAGUGAGGCGACCAUCCAGGAAGGUGAAUUCGACUAUUUGGAGCAUUUGAGACAGCUCCGGCGUCUGAAAAUAUCUUGGGGUAAAGCAGAUAAUGUUAAAAUGUCUGUGUCUUUUCCGCCAGGGCUGCAAAAACUGAAUCUUGAAGGCAUUCCUUACAACAGUAAGCCAGAAUGGUUAACGCCCAGCAAACUGAUGAAUCUGGAUACGCUAUACAUCAAGGGAGGAAAGCUCAGAGAUUUAUUAGCUUACGAGGGCGAGCAGUGGAAUGUGAGAUAUUUAGUGCUCAGUAUGCCGCAAAUUAAUCAAGAAACUCUCAUGUCAAAGUUUCCUUUACUCCAAUACGUGAAGAGGCUGAAGUGGAGAGAUGGUAAGCAAUCCGUGGAGGAUGAAUGGAGCAGGGAUAUUGGGCAGUGA